AUGAACCUACCGCCAACUUCUCCUGCUAAUUUGCAAACUUUGAAAGAUAAGGAUUUUAAUGAAGCAACACUCACCGAUGAUGGUAUUAUGAUCACUUCUCAGGGUCAUCCUGACUCCUAUAAAGCUUCCGCGAAUGUAAAUGCAGAUCCAGUAACGGGCGAUCACAAUGAGAGUAUGACUAGUGUUCGAAGUAACAAUAGUUUCUUUGAAACCGCUUCUUUAAUUAGCUGUGUUACGUGUUUGAGUGACAACUACGACCAGGGAAAUCGUUUGAAUCCAAGUGGUGAAAACACAGAAGGUGCAGCCAAGAAUACGGGUGAAGAUGAUGUUCCAUACUCUUCCGUGACAGGUCAAUUACUUGUAAACACUGUUAUCCCAUACAGUAGAAUCUUACAUGCAAGAUAUUUAGAAAAUCCAAAGGGAUAUACAGAUGAUCUUGAGACAGCCAAUGCUUCAUCGGAUUUGAUUGAAAUUGAUGACACCGCCACUGGUAGUGGUAGUGAUCCUUUCUCUAAAGAUUCCAUUGAACAUCACAAGCCCAAGUAUUCUAAAACGAAAGGGCGCCUUAAUCGGCCCGCUUUGGUUGAAAUUACGUUUGCAAAACCUAGGCGUCAUGAUAUUGUACCGAAGCAUCUAACUUUGUCAAUAAGUUAUCCAAGCCUGUCUCGUGGUGCUGAUAUUGUUGAGGAAAUUCUAAAAAGAAGUUACAAAAAUGCCAAAAGAGAGAGAUCAAUCCUUGUUAUUGUUAAUCCAUUUGGUGGUAAAGGUAAGGCUAAGAAAAUGUUCAUGAGUAAAUGUAAGCCAAUUCUCCUGGCAAGUAACUGUUCAAUCGAUACUGCCUAUACCAAAUAUGCAAUGCACGCCGUAGACAUUGCUCGUGAAAUUGAUCUAGACAAAUAUGACACCAUCGCGUGUGCUUCAGGUGAUGGUAUACCAUAUGAAGUGAUAAACGGGCUAUAUCAAAGACCAGAUCGGGCUGAAGCCUUCACAAAAUUGGCCAUUACGCAACUUCCUUGUGGUUCAGGUAACGCAAUGAGUGUGUCGUGCCAUUGGACCAGUAACCCUUCAUAUGCUGCAUUAUGUCUAGUGAAAUCCGUGGAGGCUAGAAUUGAUUUAAUGUGUUGUUCUCAGCCGUCUUACUACCAGAAUUUCCCACGUUUAUCUUUUCUCAGUCAAACUUAUGGUGUCAUUGCCGAAUCUGAUAUCAAUACCGAGUUUAUCAGAUGGAUGGGACCUGCAAGAUUCGAACUGGGCGUUGCAUUUAACGUCCUACAGCGGAAAAAAUACCCCUGUGAUAUCUAUGUGAAAUACGCUGCGAAGUCAAAGAACGAUUUGAAAGUUCAUUAUAUGGAGCAUAAGAACCGAGCUUCUCUAAGAUUCGAGAAUGAUGUGGAUGAUAUUUUGAAUGAUAAUCUAUCGGGGGACUGCUUCCAGGAUCCAAGUUGGUCGCAAGUGAAAGAGAGCGACUUCAAGUUGAAAUACCCUUUAGAAGAUGGUGUACCGUCAGAUUGGGAAAGAAUUAGUCCAGAUAUAACAGACAAUUUGGGGAUAUUCUACACCGGGAAGAUGCCGUACAUUGCGGCAGAUACGAAGUUCUUCCCUGCUGCUUUACCUGCUGAUGGUACCAUGGAUCUUGUGGUAACUGACGCUCGGACUCCUGUAACAAGAAUGGCACCAAUUCUUUUGGCGCUGGACAAAGGUUCACACGUUUUACAGCCUGAAGUUAUACACUCAAAAAUCUCGGCCUAUAAGCUGGUACCCAAGAUAACAAAUAGUUUGUUUUCAGUUGACGGUGAGAAAUUUCCCUUGGAGCCAUUACAAGUGGAAAUAAUGCCACACCUCUGUAAGACGUUGCUGAGAAAUGGAUGUUAUGUGGAUACUGAGUUUGAUUCGAUGUAG